AUGAAGGUGCUAAAUUUUGAGGUGUUGCAAUCAGCGAUUGAAAACGAAGAACCAUGUAUAAUUUGCCCGAUCGGACCGCCCGGUCCACCAGGACAAGCCGGUCCAAAGGGGCCUCAGGGCCCGAAAGGCGCUGAGGGUGAAAAAGGAGUAGAUGGCAAGAAAGGAGAAACUGGCUUGAUCGGUGCAGCUGGCCAAAUGGGUGCACUCGGAAAAGAUGGACCAGCAGGACCUCCAGGACAACCGGGACGUUUGAUACCGAUUAAUGGGCCUGUCGGACCCGUUGGACCACCAGGUAAACUUUUGAUUCGAGGUAGUAAUUCAUAA